UCGAAAUCAAUCGUUUUUUCUUUAGCAAUCGUCAUUCCUUUAAUUCAACAAUAAAUUUAAAUGAAAUAAUAAAUAUAAUAGUAUGAACUAUUGGUUGAGAUAUCCGAUUUUAGUCUGUGACGUCAUGCGCAAAACAGUUCAUUCCUUAUCCCCUCCGUAUAUCUAUCCAGCUGUCCGUGGUUUGGCAGUCCGGUGAACGAAUUUCUCAGGGUGAUUAUCACGUAGGUUUUAUGCUGGUGGCCUUUUCCACGAACGACAGUGGAAAUUUAAGGUGUCAAAAUAUCAAUACACGAUUGAGUGCCAAUCGAAAAGCUGUUAAGUAAAAUUAAUUUUGAACAACCUAUAACGAUAUUGUACGAUAGGGUGGCCUUCGGACUGACAAAAGGCAAAGACGUACGCAGUAGAAACAACUAGCGUUCUCGUGUAUGUAACGAGGUUGUUGAAGUAACCGUCGCGCGGAGCUGUGAUUUCUUCAAUCGGAGUGUAGCAUUAACGUAAGGUGUGGACGGUAUAGAAACGUUCUGGAAUUUCCUCGUAUCAACGAUUUGGGAGCGACGAGCCCAUUUGUGAGGGAUGUCUACCCCCGCAAGAAGGAGACUAAUGAGAGAUUUUAAGAGAUUGCCUUUCAGUUUAUAUCACAAAUGACAAAUGCAUACAUAAAAAUACUUCAAAUUUACUACAAGAAGAUCCACCCACUGGAGUAUCAGGAGCACCCACAGACAAUAAUAUUAUGAUAUGGAAUGCCGUUAUAUUUGGGCCACAUGACACUCCAUUCGAAGAUGGUACCUUCAAACUUACAAUAGAAUUUACAGAAGAAUAUCCAAAUAAACCACCCACAGUCAGGUUUAUUAGUAAGAUGUUCCACCCUAAUGUAUAUGCUGAUGGAGGCAUCUGUUUGGAUAUACUACAGAACCGCUGGAGUCCCACUUACGAUGUCUCUGCUAUUUUGACAUCCAUACAGUCCCUUUUGGAUGAACCAAAUCCAAACUCUCCAGCCAAUUCAUUAGCAGCACAAUUAUAUCAGGAAAAUAAGCGGGAAUAUGAGAAGAGAGUAGCUACUGUUGUUGAACAGUCCUGGUUGAACUUCCAAGAAAGUCACACAGAAGAUACCCGCUGACAUUAAGUAUAGUUCAUUCUAUAUUUUUAUGAAGUUUAUUUCGUAUCCUUUUUCUAUAUUGUUUUUAGAAAUUUAUGGCCUGAAAUGCUUUUUUCUGUAUUACAAAAACAAUACAUUAAAUCCUCCACUGUUCUACAGAACUGUUUUCUAUUUAUUUAACAUUGCUGUUUAAUUUUAUAAUUUGAAAAGAUUUCUUUUUAGUUUGAUACAUUUUUUGGAUAUGAAAAACUUGUAGAGCACUGGAGUGAUGUGGAAUCAUACGAAAAGCAUUAUGUGAUUUUUAUCCACGAAUAUAGACGAAAUGCGUAUGAUUUUGCUCACUAUAACUAGAUUUUAGGCGCUCAUACACAGCAAAAUUUGAAGGAUAUAAAUAUAUGCAUAUAAAUACUGUUUUGGUAACAUUAAUUUGCAUUGUAACUAACAGCUAUAUUCAAAUACAAGGAUAUCUUCGUAAAAAAAAACACAAAGAAUUGAUAAACUUAAGGUUUACUAAAUUCAUCCUGAGGAAGUAAUAAACAAAAAAUUAGUCUGGUUUUAAUGCAUAAAGUAAAUGCAUCAGUGUAUAAAUAAUAUAGUACAUAGUUAAACCAGUAAUCAAGUGGAAGAAUAUAAAUAUUGAUUAUUUGUAAUUUCCUAAUAAAGUUGAAAGAAUAUUAUCUAUAA